CUUGACUUUUCUUCUGUCAUACUUUUGUCACUCCUUCAAUCCCUUUCUUAUUUUUUUUUUCUUUUUUUUUUUCCCUUCUGUUUAUCUUCUCGUCCUUCCUUUCGAGACCCUAUUGGGGAGCAGCUGGUUAUCUAUCCGAUAUUCCGAUCCUCCUUGCAUUCGCCCUCCUGCCGGUUAUCGUGACGUGAUAACGUUGGUCCACUGCACCACCUGGCCCGACCCUGUCCCGGUCUAGGUACAAAUAGUCGCCGCCCUUCCCCGCAUAAUUGUUGCGAAGUUCCUGUUCUGGAACCUCCCUGGUGCACCGACGCAGAUUCGACAUGGCCGACUCGUCGCAUAAAACCAAGCGGAUGGUUUCCGUCGUGGCCGCAACCUUCGUUGCGCUCGCGUGCGGCACCAACUAUGCAUAUUCCGCAUGGGCGCCCCAAUUUGCGUCGCAGAUGAAGAUCUCCUCGACCGAGAGCAACUUCAUUGGCGCGGCGGGCAACUUGGGCAUGUACGCAUCGGGGAUCCCGCUGGGUCUGUUAACCGAUGCGAAGGGCCCACGCCUGACGACCUUUGUGGGAGCCAUCGCCCUUGGCAUCGGCUACUACCCCAUCUAUCUGGCAUACACUGGGGGCCCCGGGUCACUGAGCAUCUUCUUUCUGUCCCUCUUCUCGUUCCUGACCGGCUUCGGGAGCUGCUCCGCGUUCUCAGCAUCCAUCAAGACAUCGGCGUCCAACUUCCCGGACCACCGGGGAACCGCGACUGCGUUCCCCCUGGCCGCAUUUGGACUGAGCGCGUUCUUCUGGUCGACCGUCUCCGCGAUCCUCUUCAAGGAUGACACGGGUCGAUUCCUCCUGCUCCUCGCUCUCGGGACCUGCUUCCUGAACCUCAUCUCGAUCCCGUUCCUGCGGAUCCUGCCGCCCAGCGAUCCGUACAUGCCGAUCGGGCGCAACCGGUCCCCCGGCGUCGAGUCGCGUCGCCUGCACAAAACCAGGUCCACCGAUUUCCGGUCCAGCCUCGAAAACGAAGAACCAGGUACGCAGAUAUCUAACACCUAUGAAUCAUGCUCCCCGGCCUACGCCAAAUCGCACACGAUCGUGUCGACCCCCCCUCACCCCGAAUACAACCCCGAUAUUGACGAAACCUCCUCCCUGGUGUCCAAAGUUGCUUCAAGGUCGUCCCGAGAAUUCCUGAAUGAAAAUGAAGAGGAGGAUGAUGCUCUCUCUGAUGUGGCCCCCGACUCACCUCACCCAGACGUUAGAGGCCUGUCGAUGCUCCCGAAAGUCGAGUUCUGGCAACUCUUCUUGACGAUGGCACUGCUGUCCGGAAUCGGACUGAUGACGAUCAACAACAUUGGCAACAGCGCCAAGGCGCUAUGGCUGUACUACGACGACAGCGCGAGUUCGAAAUUCAUCCAGCAGCGACAGGUGAUGCACGUGUCGAUCCUGUCGUUCGGCAACUUUAUCGGUCGGCUUUCCAGCGGGAUCGGCUCCGACCUUCUGGUGAAAAAGCUGAACAUGUCGCGCUUCUGGUGUCUGUUCAUCUCCGCCUUCGUCUUCACCAUCACCCAGCUCGCCGGGUCCGCGAUCUCCAACCCCCACCAGCUAGCCAUCGUCUCCGGCUUCACCGGCAUCGCGUACGGCUUCCUCUUCGGCGUCUUCCCCUCGCUGGUUGCCCACACCUUCGGCAUCGGCGGGCUCUCCCAGAACUGGGGCGUGAUGACCCUGGCUCCGGUGCUGAGCGGCAACGUCUUCAACCUGCUCUACGGCAGCAUCUACGACCGCCACUCGGUGGUCGGCCCCGACGGCGACCGGGACUGCCCGGACGGGUUGGCCUGCUACCAGGCCGCUUACUACACGACCUUUUUGUCUGGUCUGGCCGGUCUGGCCGUCUGUCUCUGGAGUAUCCUGCAUGAGCGCCGCAUCCACGGAGCCAUGCACAAGAAGUUCGAACAUGAGCGGCUGGCUUGA